AAAUCCGAUCAACAAAGGUAAAAAAACGUUAAAAGCAGUCGACAUGUCCGGUGACCAUAUUAAGUCUCUUUCGCCAGAAGAAUUCAAAAAAUUAACCGAUUUUAAAAUCGUGUAUGGCACUGUCGAUACUCCUUUUGGUAAAUGUUUGAUUGGUCUUAACCAAAAUCGUGUUUGUUUCUCUGCAUUCUAUGAUGGAAAGGCUCCUGUGGCGGACAUAUCCAAACUGUUCCCAAAUGCAGAACUGGAAGAAAACAAUGAAGAAGUGACUAAAGUUGCUGGUAAAUCAUUUGAUCCUGAGAAUAAGGUUGAUGUGUUGCUGAAGGGAACUGAUUUUGAAGUAAAUGUCUGGAAACAGCUUACUAAUUUGAAGAAAGGCUCUACAUACAGCUAUGAGCAUGUUGCGAAGGCUCUAAAUAACCCAAAAGCUAUCAGGGCAGUUGCUCGAGCAGUUGCUAAAAAUAAUGUGUCCUAUCUAAUACCAUGUCACAGAGUAAUCAGUAAGUCUGGUGGACUUAGCAAGUAUAAAUGGGGAGCUGAAAGGAAAUUAAAAAUUCUAAAACAUGAAAAUGCUAUAUAAAGUUUAUUAAAAAUUCAUCCACUUUUAUUUAUUAUAUUGUUAUGUAAAAUGUUUAAAAUAUGUGUGUAAAUGAAAUAUAAUAAAAAAUA